AGGAAAUACCCAUAUGAACAGCUCAAACAAAAUGGCAGACACAGAAACAAAAACUAUAUUAGGACUGUAUCGUUACAUGUGUCAGAACAAAGUGGGUUCGGAGAAUCAUGUGAAAAAUUUGAGACUGAUGAAUACUGCCAGGGAUAAUAUGACAAGCGGCAAAUUUUAUUCCAAAAUCACAAGUGGAAGUAUUGGAGAAGGACUUGAGAUGAGAGGAACUGAUUUGGAUAUAAUGUAUUUAUAUAAAAUCUUUGAAGUUUACGAAAACAUUAAAACAGUUUACAAUUCAAAUGUUAUUUAUUUGUCAAUGGAGACAGAUGACGUAAAAGUUGGUUUCACUCAGUUGAAAGUAGAGCAAAUUAUUCCUAAAUCUCUAUGUAAAUUAUCUAGGGAAUAUAAUGGAAAACAUUAUUUCUCAAUCGCAAUAUAUAAACAAGAGUUCAUGGAUCAUACAGAUAAUGUAUUUCAUGGACCAUGUAUAUCUGACAAAGACGGAACGUUUGACUAUUGCCUUUGUUUACAUUGUACAACAUGGGUAUCACAAGCAUCACAGUGGAUAACAAGAUCAAAUAACUCAUGGCCAAGUUAUAAUGUUAAACUAAGUAUUGUAAAACACGGAGUACUUUUUGUACCAAUCGGAGUUAAGGGAUCGCCAAAAGAGGAUAUAGAAUGGCGAAUUUCUUUUUCUGUUGGUGAAAAAUUUCUAAUAAAUACUUUUACGCACACUCAAUUAAUAUGUUAUGCCCUACUGAAAAUUCUUUUGAAAGAUGUAAUAGCAAACUACACCGAAUGUGAAAAUUUACUAUGUUCAUAUUUCUUGAAAACAAUUAUUUUCUGGAUAUCAGAAGAAUUACCACAAUCAAUAUGAAAACCUGAAAAUCUUAUACAUUGUUUCAUGCGAUGUUUUAGCAGACUUAUAUACAAUGUUGAUUAUUCAGUUUGUUUACAUUAUUUCAUACCAGAGAACAACAUGUUUGAAAACAAAAUAGAGGGACGCACUCGUGAAAUACUGUUAGAAAAACUUAAUAACCUGCAUAGUUACGGAUGGCGAUGCAUCUUAUUUUCGGAUCAAGUAUCCAACUUUCAUGUAUCAAUGUAUAAUAUUAACAUAGAACCAUAUAUCUUGCAUACUAGCGCGGUUGAAAAAACACUGAAUUCCUUAUUAUUAUUAUUGAUGUCCUUUGGUGUAAUAGAUCAAAGUGAAUUGAAAUGGAAUGCAUACAACAGAGGAAUAAAUCAAAUUGUUUCCUGUGACAAAUCCUUUGUAUACUAUAUGUCAAUGAUGGGUGCCUCAUUUGCGUGGUCUUUAUCAUUAGACAAUACAAAAAGUAAUAAUAAACACCAAUACAAACAGUACAAAUCUUGUCUUUGUACUCUGCUACAGCAUAUUCAUCAUGACGCUGUAUCUGGAUGGCUGAUGUUAGCAUCGUUUUUCUAUAAGUCUAAACAAUAUAGUAAUGCUUUACACAUCAUCGCAUAUUCUAUAUCGAAAUGUACUCCCGAAAAAAUACACCGCUUUAUGGAUAUAUCGGAUAUUCAUGUCCGAUUGCCCGAUUUGCAAGUAUUCAAAAGAAAAAGUAUAUUACAAAUGUGGAAAAUAAUACUUGUAGAUUUUAUGAUAUUUCGAAAAAGUUCAUGGCUAAUACCAUAUGAGCUACAAAUGGAAGUAGAAAAUAAUCACUAUUGCAUUUCCUCUAUAGUUUAUGCUUAUUUUCUAAAAAUUUUAUGUCAUUAUCAUCUCCAUAAUGUCAGACAAUGUCAGGAUUGCCUUCACACUUUACAACUUGUUAUAGCAGAAAACUAUUUUAUUGAAAAUAAUAGAGCUUUUCUCUCUAUAGCCUACACAGUUCUUGGCAUUGCUUCACAGUUAUUAGGACACAUUGAACCCGCCCGACAAGCAUUUAUGCAGUGACAUGAAAUAUACCCUAAUUGCAGACAUAAUACUUCUGUAAAGAGACUUUCGUUAAUGGACCCAUUGUAAUGUUUAUGCAUUAAGUUUAACUACUAGUAUCAUCAGGACAGACUUAUUACAGACUACUGGUACUUUGCUGAAGUAGAAUUUGUGUUUUCUAGCAAUGUUCACGUUUUUAAUAAAUCCAUUUAAUGAUAUGAAAUGCAAUGAUAAUAGGGCUGGCAAAGUACUGGCGUUGCAGAAAAAACUAAUUUUAGAAGCUUACUUUGAAAUAUAAUCGUUAAAAUUCUAACGGUUGUGGGUCGCUAUAGAUAGAUUUAUUUAAAUUAUUUAAUUAUUUAAUUUUUAGUUAAAAAAUACUUGUUAGAGUUAUUAUUCUAUUCGUAUGCCGAUUUUUUAUUUACACAUUUUGGUGAAGUAGCAAUUCUUUUAUUUAAUUAUUUGAACUACUGUGAAAUGCAAUGAUAAAAGGGCAUUUUAUCAUAUGAGAAUUUGUCAUUGAUAAAUCUUAGUGCGAUAACAAACUUCUCAAUACGCAUUCUUCAAAAUAUAUGCCUCUUUUUGGACGAAUCAGAUAGCUCGGUUAAGUUUCAUGGAAUGGUAAGCUGGUGCAGUGAAUGUCUUUUGGAAAUCACUCCCAGCUCAGGUGCGUAGACGUAUGAAGGAAAAGAGGGACCUUUCAACCAUGGGCAGUUUUUAAAAGUGUUAUUCAGAGAGAAAUCGCGCCCAAAUUUUGUUCUACAUUCAGUGUAUUUAAGAAAAUGUUUAUUAUGAUAUUUUCUAUAUAAGAAAUACCCUUCAAGUUUAUUGUAUAAUUUGGUUGGGUUUGCACUGAGUUAUUAGCAAAUAUUUUUGUCAUUUACCUAUUGAGGCAUUGUUUAUUUGGAAAUGGUUCGCUGGUAACUGAGUAAAUACUGAGAUGAGUUUAAAUGUGUUUAUGAAACAGUGUAAUAAAUUUAUGAACUUACAGGAAUUAAAGUGUUAAAAAUGAAUUUUAAAUGCAGACCAUGAGCACAAUGCCAGAGAGAUUUAAGAGAAAAUUGCAGGUGUCGCAUACUGAAACUUGUUGGCAGGGAAUUAUUUGAGACCAUGCUAAACUAUAGACAGCUGGUGAUUUGUCAGUGCAUUUAUACGACACUUGAAGUCAUGAGACGUUGCAACUUAAAUUAAAGCUGUGUAACAAUGUCUUUAUUAGUCUUGUUUUUGUUUAAUAAAAAAAUGUGUUUUA